AAAACAAGAAGGAAAAGUUAUUAGGAUUAGUUUACCAUGUGAUCAGUUGUAAAAGUGGAGAAAUCCAAAGUUUCAGGAAAAACCUUUUUUAACACAUCAUCUGCCGGGUAUGCAUAAUGUAUCCACAUGUAGAACUCAGUUUUUCAGAGAGAAAACGUGAGACAUUUGUAACCACUGAGACAUGAGAAACAGAUUUUGAGAAAUAAUGAAAUAGUAGUAGGAUUGUGUCCCUAAUACUUAGUUCUGACUGCUGCAGAACUUUGACAAAAAGGAUCUUAUUCUUAGUUUUUUUUUAUAGCCUAAUAUUUGCUUAAAAGUUCAAAUUUUCAAGUGCUUGUACAUUUAAGAUCUAUUGAUAUAAAACAUUAGUAUGUAAAUUUUUAAGCCCCUGCAAAAAGUAUACACUACAUUUUUAAAAUACUCUAAUACUCUUAAUUUUUAACCACAAAACAAGACUUAAGUCUCUUUUCUAACUCUAGUAAGAAAAAUGCUAGCUUCAGCAAUUUUACUCUAACAGCAUAAGGGAUAUUUCUGUGAAGCAAGUUAACAUAAAACCAUUGUAUCUAAGAACGACGCAGUCAGAAGUGUAAUUUAACCAAGGCUUAUAUACAUUUUGCAUUUCGGAUAAAGAAACCAAAACAAACAUUAUUUGUCUGUAAAUCUCUUCUACCCAGAAUUCCUCAGGUGGCAGAGCUUUUGCUCGACCUUGGUUCAAAUUCAGCAACAAGAAAAUCUCCUAUUAUGAACUUUUUGCUAUUCAAUCAUUUAUCUGAUCAUUGUAAAUAUAACCACCGGCUUAGCCCUACUCUGUACUGAUGUUAAGUCCAGCAGAAAGUGCGGGAGCUUUUCACAUGUUGAUGUCAGACAGAUUUUUUUUCAGAUGCAGAUGCAUCCUACAAAUGAUGACGAGUCACUAAAGGACUGCUGUUAAUGCAUUUCAGGCAUUGAUGACAAUGUUCAUUUUCUUAUUUAAAAAAAAUGAACUAUUUGUAUCUUAUAAAAUAUACUCCUAAAAUUGUAUAAUCCAAUUAAUGGUCAGAAUAAGCAAAUAGUAAAAUAAUGGGUAGUUCCAACCCCAAUUUUUAUGACAUGAACAUUCAUGAAAAUGUUGAAAUAAAACAAAAAAAGGGAGUUCGUCCACCAAUUUAUAAAAAAAAACAAGAAAAGAAAAAAGCAAUAUCAAAGGUUUUUGUCAAGCAGUAACUAUAAAAAGCACAAUCAUCAGAAACACUGCAACAACAUGAGGAGACUCAUCCGGUGGAUGUCAACAGCCCCCAAAACAGGCCCCGAAUGCAGCCAGGGUUAUCAGAUGGGUCUGGGCCGCAACGGCAAAGUUAGGUCACAAUGACUCAGUACCAAACACAGAAGGAGAAGUAGUUGAUGAGAACACCAAAAACAGGGAAGAGGAAGUUGAUGUUGACAUUUCUUUUUAGAUUUACUCUUUACUAUGAAAAACCAGAAUACGUACAGAAGAGUCCACAGCCUGCAGAGCUUGCUGUCAGCUGGAGCCGAUGCUCAAGUCAAGUGCGUACAAACAUCCCAGAUACAGAUUUACAAGUUCACACACAUUGCGACCAGAACCCGAGAGCUGCUGUACUCUACCAUAUUUUUACACUACAUGCUAAGAGCGCAACCAGGAAAAACAAAACAAAACCACAAAGUCUAGACAGUGAGCGCACUGGUCUGGUUUUGGAACGCAGAUACCAACAAUGCCUUUUCCACAGGGACAAGCUGGGUCGGACGUCGCUACAUUUGGUCAUCACCAACUGGCCGAUCACCACGACGACCCGGACAAAACCUUCCUCCAAGUUCUGGACCACUGUGGCGAGAGCAAGCAGGCAGGCUGAAGCCUGUUUACGGCUGCUCUGUGAGCACGGAGCUGACGUCAACGCGAAGAUGGAUGAUCAGAGUCAGCAGACGCCUCUCCAUCUGUCAGUGGGUUACAGAGCACUGUCUGCUGCGCGGCUGCUGAUCAGCUGCGGCGCCAACGUGAACGCAGUGGACAGCAGUGGAAUGACACCUCUGCACAUGGCAGCAUCAAUCCUCCAUCAGGACAUAACAUCAAGUUUAAUCAGCCACGGAGCUCACGUCAACAUGAGGAUGCAUCACUCUGGAAACACUCCUCUGCACCUUGCUGCAGUUGCAGUGAUGACAAAAACAACCAAAGUCCUGGAUGAAGAUGUGAGCUGCGUCUGUGAGCUGCUGGAGCGCGGAGCGAAGCCAAACAUUGUAAACGAGGCCGGCAUGUCGCCAUUCCACCAAGCGUGCAGCCUGGGGAACGAGCAGCUGGUGGACCUGCUGCUGAGAUACGGAGCUGGUGUCAACAAGCCGAGCGCAGCAGGGGAGAGCUGUCUGUUCCUGUUCCUGAACCACACACCUAACAUGAGGAACGGCUCCCUGCUGAUCAAACUCCUCACCCUGAGCGCCCCGCUCACAGUCUGCAGCCACGACGGCCGCUUACCCUCCACCUUAACUCAGCCACGCUUCUUUCAACAGAGAGAGCAACUGAUCCAACUAACCCAGCAGCCAAAGACACUUCGGGAUAUUUGCAAAAGUAAUAUUUAUCUGAAACAUAUCACAGGAAGAAAGGAGGAGCUGAGAAAAGUUAUUCCGGAAAGCUUGUACAACUUUGUCUUCAACCAAUGGAAGAUCCAAAACCUUUCGUUUGUGACAGAGAGUGAAGAGGCAGCAGAGCAACGUGCAUGUACCUGAGCUACAAGAUUUGAACCAUUCAGCUGAGAUACGAUAAGAUUCCCCCUCCUUUGCUAAAGAAUUCCUCCACCUUAAAGAUUUUCACUGCCUGUCACAUUAAGAACACAAACUUCCUUGAAUUCUACACUGAGCAGUACAUAACUAAACUGGAGGACAAAUUCUACUAUUUUUUUUCUCAAACAAAAUAUCUAAACACAGAGGUGUGUUUCUAUUGAACCUGUUACUCUAACACAGGGGACUGCAGCCUUUACAAACUAAAGAGUCAUUUUCCCCCUCAGAUAAACAAAAGCUACGUAAUAUAACUUUCUCUGACAGGCAAACUUAAAUGCUUUAAUAAAUAUCAAUCAUAGGAAAUGUGUGGUCGUUUUUUUUGUUUUUUGUUUUUUUUGGUUUAAGACAAAGAAAAACAAAACAUUUACAAAAAAGGAGUGAUGCAUUAUUCUUCUACGGGAAAAUAAUA